AUGUCGAAAGAACAAACCACUACCGGACUAAGAUCUCGUCACGCAAGAUCUGACUCUAACACGGGGAGUAGGAGCGAUAGUCGAUCAAUUAGGCCUAGUUCCUCUCACACAUCCCCAAAGACUUCUAAUAAGUCUUCUGCUAGUGCCGCUUUCUUCUCAAAUAUAGCGGACUGCGAUGAGGUGUUUAAUUAUUGGGAGCCAACUCAUUACCUACAAUACGGAUAUGGUAUGCAAACAUGGGAGUAUUCACCGGAAUACGCAAUUAGAAGUUGGGCAUACAUCAAAUUGCACGCAAUUAUCGGUGGCAUAUUUGACUACAUAUUUGGUCAUGAUAAGAUAAAAGUUUUUUACGCCAUACGCGUAAUAUUUGCUACACUAUGCGCAUUGUCCGAGGCAUUGUUUUACGUUUCGGCAGUAAGCAGUCUAGGGCCACGUGCUGGUCGUUAUUUAAUUAUAAUUCUGUUAUUUAGUGCGGGAAUGUGGAAUGCAUCUACUGGGUCUGGGUGGAGAAUCUAUAAAACUAUAUUGUGGGUUGGUAUAGGAUCACUGUUGGCAUGGCCUUUCUGUGCAGAAGUAGGAGUUCCUGCUGCGCUGGAAGAAUUGAUACUUAAAACUAGUGGAGCAAAAAGAUUUGAGCGAAUCAAGCGUCUAUUGCUGGGGGUUAUAAUAUCCACAGGAGUAGUCUUGCACUUUUACUACGUUGAGAUCCCUCAACAAAUUGAAACACGCAAUCUUCAACUGAAUUUUGACAAUCCUAUAAAUCUCUGUGUUGGAAAGGAAUGGUAUCGUUUUCCGAGUCAUUAUUUUUUACCGGACGGUGUUCGAUUGAGGUUUCUAAAAUCAGAUUUCGGUGGACAAUUGCCAAAAUAUUUUUUGGAAAAUAAUUAUACUGACUCCGAAGGAAAAACUAAGAUAGGCAGUAAGCGUGACGGAACAUGGAGGACGCCAGAAGGAUUCAACGAUAUUAAUAGAGAAGAAAUGGAUAGAUAUGUGAGCACAGGUUUAAAUUUAUCAAGUGACAAAUAUCUUUUAACUAUUAAUAACAUUGUUCAUUAUAGGUCAACGUUGAACAAUGUGAUUAUAUCGUCGACCUAG